UCGCCAUAAUGACCAAACCAAAAUGGCUGCUCUCAGAGAUUAGUUGACAGUCAGCUGGAUUCGGUUUGAUUAGAGCCUUGUGUAUUUCAACGACUCUCUAAAAUGAAACGACUAAAUAAGUAGCACAGCAGCAAGAGUGAACGUUAUUCAUAAAACUACGGAUGCACUGGAUUUCGAGAUCACAAUGAUCAAGUUCCUUCUGAUGGUUAACAAGCAGGGCCAGACCCGCCUGUCUAAGUAUUAUGAGCAGGUGGACAUUGAGAAGAGGCCUUCUCUGGAGACUGAUGUUGUCAAGAGAUGCCUGUCACGCAAAAAAGAAGAGUGCUCUUUUGUGGAAUACAAGGACUUCAGACUAGUGUAUCGACAGUAUGCUGCUCUCUUCAUAGUUGUUGGUAUCAGUGACACGGAGAAUGAGCUGUCAAUCUAUGAGCUGGUACACAACUUUGUUGAGGUUCUUGACAAGUACUUUAGUCGUGUGAGUGAAUUGGAUAUCAUGUUCAACCUGGAUAAAGUGCACAUCAUCAUUGAUGAGAUUAUCCAGAAUGGACACAUAGUGGAGACCAACAAGAACCGCAUCCUGGCACCUCUACUUGCUCUGGACAAGAUGGCUGAGGCACAUUGAGCAGUUGUUUGAACCAUAGACUUAGACCUCGCAUCAUUGUAUCUGUCCAAUUAUGGCGUCUUUAAGAGCAUGGGCAGCGCCAUUAAGGCCAUCUCCAUUAUGAAGUACUCAAUUUUCUUCUAUGAGUUGAGAAACGGAAAGGGUGCACGCUGCCACCUAGAGUGUGUUUUACAGUAAUAAA